AUGAAGACCUUUAUCCUCAUCAAUACUUUUAUAUAUUUUGUAUAUGGAUUAGAAGCUGUCAAAGGUCGUACCAAAGGAGCUCGAUGUGAGCUUAUUACUUCAUCCAUAUGUCGUGAUCUACCAUACAAUACAACGAGUUUUCCAAAUUUGGUCGGAGAUGACUUGGCCAAACAGGCUGAAGCUGCUUUGAAUACAUUUCAACCACUGAUUACGAGCCAAUGUUCGGAGCAACUGAAAUUCUUCCUCUGUUCUGUGUAUUUCCCGAUGUGUAAUGAGAAGAUUCCUCAGCCAAUCGGACCAUGUCGGCCAUUGUGUGAAUCUGUUCGAGAAAAAUGCUUCCCUCUCUUAAAGGAUUUCGGAUUUCCAUGGCCGGAACACAUGAAUUGCUCGAAAUUCAUUUUGGAGAAUAAUAAUGAUAAUAUGUGUAUGAAGGGACCAAAUGAAAACGGAGCCAUUCCAACAGCUCCCAAUAACGAAGAAGCUAUCGAUGACUAUUCCUCUUCCUUACAUCUAUAUGGGCAUAACACAUGUCCUCCAGAGCACAUUUAUCUCAAUCGCACAGGACAAUGUGUUCCGAUUUGCAUUGCCGGUCAAGGAAUCAAACAGCAAGAUCGUGAGUCUGCAUCAACAGCUUUGUUCGUCUUGUCUUUAAUAAGUGUAGUGAUGACAUCAGUCUGUCUGCUCACAUUCCUUAUGAGACGUCACUGUCUGUCAGCACUGCCUGAAACAUCGCUGCUGUGGGCUUCAUUAUCAUUUGCCUUAUCCGCAAUUGUUUCUCUGUUCUCUUUGCUCUAUCGCGAACAGAUCAGUUGUAUUGGCUACUCCAACCAUUUACUUUUCGUCGUUCAAUCAAUUCCACAUGCCCCAUGUUCUACAGUAGCAGCUUUGCUCUAUUACUUUGGUACAGCAGGGCGUUUGUGGUGGCUCAUCCUCUGUUACACAUGGAAUCAACAGACUGCACGUGCAACAAGAAUAGAAAAAUAUCGUGCUGAAGUUCAAAUGGUUGCUUGGGGAGUCCCACUCUUAGCAGUAAUGCUUGGUCUUGUGGCUCAAUCUAUAUCUGCUGAUCCUCUAAGUGGGAUUUGUACUAUCGGAAGCGGAAGCAGGGCAUUAGAUCUGAUUUUCAAUUUAACACGUGAAAUCAUUCUACUCGUCGCUUGUUCCAUUCCUCUCUUCCUAGGAUGUUUCAGUGGAAUGAAUGUUGAGAGAGAAAAUAGUUCCUUCUCUUCAGGCUUUGUAGGAUUCUUAUAUCCAUUCGCUGCACUAUUCUUCAUGUUGAGCUUUGCUAAUGAUGCUGUACAGCCAGCUAUGCAGUGGAGUAAAAGCUGGAACUUAGUGUCAGCAAUCAAAAUUCUGAUGGAUCCCAUUCUGGGAGUAGUAGCUGCAUUCUGCUGUUUGAUGCACAUAAUCAUCAAUUUGUUCCGAAGUGUACGAUCUCCUUUAUCGGAUAAAAAUGGAUAUCAAUCUGGCAUACCACGAAUACCACAGCCUUCAAUCCCAGCUAGUGUUAGGUCGCAUAAUACGUAUGCUUCAGCUUCACGUGUUCCAAUGAUUUGA